AUGGCAACAACCGCCAAGGCUACCAUAUCCGCCGCCCCCACCACGGCAAGUCCAAACAGGUGUUCCACCGUCUCCACGGUGUCCACGCGGUCACAAACAGGCCUGGCCAAGAUGGACCCUGAGCUGAGGUGCCCCACAUGUUCCCGCUAUUUCCUCAGUCCUGUCCUUCUCCCCUGUGGCCACUCGUUGUGCACGUCAUGCGCGGUUUCCGCACUGCAUCCAACCUCAGAUGCGACAGUUUCAGUCGCUAUUCAGGCGAUUUUAUCUGCGACCGAGGCCUCUGCCAACUCGCAUAAACGUCCCUCAACAGCUUUCGAAGCCAUAGUUCACAAUGAACCCAAUCUGGAAGGCAGCAGUUCCACAGUCAGUGGGGCUAGUCACGGCGGAACUGACUCAGAUCAACAGAGCAUCGUCAGUGAAGCCGAUUCUGGGGUAGUUGUGACAAGUAGGGCGGGGAUUUACGCAGGACGCCCGCCAACUAUCAUUUGCCCCAGCGUGCUAGGAUUUAGCCAAGUUACUCAACCAACGAGUGUCCCUCCACAGGCGAUUCAAAGUCUAACGCACGGACUAUUCUGCCCCACUUGCCAUCGAAUUGUUGCACUGCUGGAUGAAAAAGGCAUUAAUCAGUUGCCAAGAAAUCGUGCAUUAGAACGCGUAAUAGCCAAAUUAGUGGGAGAGGAGGCUGUAACAGGCGCUCUGCAGCAAGAUAACCCCUCCAGGACGUGUAUCCCAAUCUGCCAGCUCUGUGAUGAACCCGACCCCUUAAACAUGGAUCCUUUAUCGAUCGGUGGAGCGAGAAUCAGCGAGACUGGCCCACAGGGUGGAACCCCAGCCAGCGUCUGGUGUGAACAAUGCGGUAUUUUUUACUGCGAGGAGUGUCGCGAACGCUGUCACCCUAAACGCGGACCCCUGCUCAAGCACGGUCUGCAUCCGGCGGCCAAGGGCGCGGAAAUUGUUCGACAAAAGAGGCAAAGUCAGCCGCCUGUGUGUCCCGAGCAUCCACACGAAGAAGCCAGCCUGUUCUGCAAUGCCUGCAAAGUGGCCAUCUGUAAUGACUGUGUGAUAAGUGACGUGAAUCAGACCACUUGCACCCUGACACCCAACAGGCACGGACAACACGCACGGCAGGAAGUGCAGAUUCUUCAGGCGUACUGUAAAAACAAGAAGGUAAAUAAGAUGCUUAUUUUUUGUGCAAUUAUCAUUGCUUUGCUACCUAGUUACCGGCCAAAAACACGAUAG